GGAAAAUGAAUCGCAAUGUCACAGAGCUUCGCAGUCUUCGAUGAUAUACUGCCAGCAUGCGAUCUAUGCCAUUCUAAAAAGGUUUGGUCUGGCACUAUAUACACUAUAUACGUCACCAUCUAUAUUGUACUCACACAACCAACAGAUCAGAUGUAACAGACAGAGAAACUGCUCGAAUUGUGUAGACGUUGGUGUCGAGUGCCAGCGUCUUCGUCGCGGAAGAACAUCGCGCAAACGAUCUUUCACAAGGUUCGCGGCCUCGGUGGCCUAAAACUACUACCACGGUCACCGCUAAGUUACUGUCUGCUAGUGCCACUGGAUCAGCGGAAACCAUACUUCGCCUGGAAAGACCCGUAGCUCA